AACUUCCCCUCCUCCUCCCAGAGCCGCCUAGGUUGCCUGUCGGGGGCGGGGCCUCAGCUCGUCUGCCUAGACUCCAUCGCCAGUUCCUUCCCUUACUCUCUCCUCCCCAAAGGUGUGGCUUGGGGAGUAGGCAAGGGGCGGGAAUAAGGCAGGGUCCCAGCUCUUCAACCAAUGACUGCACUAACUCCUCAAAGGACGGGAUGGGGCAGGACCAAAGUGUCAGCGCAGUAGGCGGUGGCCUGCUAUAAGCCUGGCCUCGACCCUGCCGCCAUUGGCUGCUCCGCUUGCCCCUCGCGCGGGGGCCAGUGGGGGCGGAGCCGGGGCGGGGGCGGAGCCUCGUGCUGGUCGGAGUGGCGUAGGAGGGAGGCCGAGGUCAGGCUGGUGAGUGCCAGAGCAGUGGGUCUCUACAGUAAAACAAAGAAAAAUUUAAAAUUCCAGGAUGGCUGUUGAAGAACUUCAGUCCAUAAUAAAGAGAUGUCAAAUCUUAGAAGAGGAGGACUUCAAAGAAGAAGAUUUUGGUCUCUUUCAAUUAGCAGGGCAAAAGUGCUUAGAAGAAGGGUACAUCUCUCAGGUAUUAGACAUUUUAGAAAAUGAAAAGAAUAAGGUUAUCAUCAGGAGUAUGGGUUGGAAUCUUGUUGGCCCGGUUGUUAGAUGCUUUAUAUGUCAUAAAGAGGAAGUUGAUAAAAGAGAAAAAUGUUUGAGAAUGCUUGAUUUGCUGGUAAAGCUCUGCCAUCCAAAGGAACUUCUUUUGGGUUUGCUCGAACUGAUUGAGGAGGCCUCUGGAAAACAGAUAGCUGAAAUUCUUCUUCUCUUGCUCGAGCCAUUACAGACAGUGAUUCAGAAACUUCAUAGCAAGAAGGCCUAUUCAGUUGGAUUAGCCCUGUCUACCCUGUGGAGCCAGCUCUCUCUUCUCCCAGUUCCUUACACUAAAGAACAAGUGCAAAAAGACCAGCAUGGGCUUGGUCGGUGUUGCAAAGCCUUAGUCACAUUUACUAAGCCUUUUGUGGAAGAAGUUGUUAAAAACAAAGGCCACCCCCUGGAAAACAGCAAGGAAGAGCUGAAGGCAGAACUGCUGAAGUUUUGUUUCAAAAGUUUGAAAUAUCCCUUGCUGACAGCACAGCUCAUUGAGGUGCUUGAAGAAAAUGAAGAAGAUCCUUUAAAAUCUUUUGCAUCUGAAAUAGUAGGCUUUAUAUUAGCAAUUGGAGACUCUCUGCCAAAGGUGAUUUUUCAGCAUGGAAGGAAGGAAAAGUGCUGGGACAACCCUGACUUGGAGGAAGAGGAUGGCAGCCAGUUGGCAGAUUCCAUGGCUUCACUCGCUUAUCUUGUGUUUGUGCAACGUAUCAGUAUUGACCAGUUUCCACUGGUCUUGAGCCCAUUAUAUCUUCUUCAGUAUAAUAUGGAACAUGUUGAAGUCCUCUUGAAAAGAACAGAAGAAUCUGUGUCCUCAAAAGGAUUGGUAAUAUUUAUUUCUUCCCUUUUUAUAAUUCGAAUAUGUCUUUGUCACCUUAUACUGCUGUGGCCUCUAACUACGACCAUGUGCAAAUAUUUCCCUCUGCAGGAUCUGUUGGAGAACAGUCUGUUACGGAUGGAAGACGACGGCCUCCCACACCAUUACUUAGAAAUCAGGAGUUUCCUCACUGUGCCCCAGAAGCUGGUGAAAGUGAUGACCCUGUGCCCCCUUGAGACGCUGCGGAAAAAAGGUUUAAAAAUGCUGCAGCUGUAUAUAGACAAGCUGGAUGCACAAGGCAAAAAUAUAUUAUUUAGGUGUUUACUGAAGACAAGUAAUCAUGCAGGUGUGGAAGGCUAUGUCAUUCAGAAUAUUAAAAAUCAGAUCGACGUGUCAUUAAAGAGAACAGAGGAUCAUAAAUGGUUCACAGGACCACAGCUGCUCUCACUUCUUGAUUUGGUGCUUUUACUUCCUGAAGGAGCAGAAACAGAUCUACUCCAAAAUUCAGACAGGAUUAUGGCUUCAUUAAAUUUAUUGAGGUAUUUGGUCAUCAAGGACAAUGAAAGUGACAAUCACACUGGAUUAUGGACAGAACUUAAGAAGAUUGAGAAAAAUUUCUUAAAACCACUACAUACAGGACUUAAUAUGUCAAAAGCACAUUAUGAAGCAGAAAUUAAGAAUAAAAAAGAAACCAGACGAGAGUCUCAUAAUCCUAAAAAUCUUUGCACAGUAACGGUUGGUGGAGAGAAGAUUCCUAAUGUUCCUAACAUGACUCCUGAAAUGCAGCUUCAGGUUCUCCAUUCAGCUCUUUUCACAUUUGAUUUAAUAGAAAGUGUUCUGGCCCGAGUAGAAGAACUCAUUGAACUGAAAACAAAAACUACAUCUGAAGAAACAGCUCGGCUAAAAUGAAGCCUCCCUGCCUGAAGAGCUGGAGUAGCUGUAGAACCACGAAAUUGUUUUGUUCAUUCUGGGUGGAAACGUUACUUUCAUGUCUUUUAAAAAGUUUAUCUCAGGCACUAAGCACUUGCUGCUAGAAAAUAAAUGCUGCUACUCUC